CUGCAGCCCAAUCCCAAUUCCCCUUCCCCUUCCCCUUUCCCUGCGGCCCAAAUUCCCGUUCCCCCGGCCCUUUCCCAUUCCCAUUCCCCCCUUUCCCAAAUCCCGUUCGGCCGUUCCCUGCUUCCCCCAAUCCCCCCUUUUGGCCUUUCCUGACCCGGCGACAGUCGGUGACCCGAGAACAAAGGCGAGACACGAGACGGCGAGAGGCGCCCACCGCCCACGCGGCCACGCCAGGAAGUCCACCGUCCACGCACUCACGCAGUGCGGCCGGCCCACCGCCCACGCCGCCACGCGGCCACGCCAGGAAUUUCACGCACUCACGCAGUGCGGCCAGUGCCGAUUGCCGAAGCCCGAAGCCAGGACGAGUGAAAAGGCAGAAGACAAUUGAUGGUAGUCCGAAAACUUAUUAUCACUAUUUUCAUGUUGACAUUUUUCUCGAGGUUAUUGAUCGUCUUAUUCAAGAGAUGAAUAAUCGCUUUACCGAGUCAAGUUCAGAGCUACUAAUGUGCAUAGCAUCGUUAAGUCCCAAAGACUCAUUCUCCAAUUUUGAUGUGAAGCGACUACUUCGUCUUGCUAAUCUAUACCCAGAUGAUUUUAGUUCAAGAGAAAAAUUUGAACUAAAUGAACAACUUAGGAUGUUCAUUACAUUUGUCAAAUCAUCUCCACGAUUUUCAGGCUUACAAAGUAUUGGAGAUUUGGCAAAAACAUUGGUUAAAACAGAGUGGCAAACAACUUAUAAGUUAGUGUACCGACUCAUCCAAUUGGCAUUGGUUUAACCCGUUACAACCGCCACAGUUGAAAGAUCUUUCUCGACGAUGAAGUUUAUCAAGAAUGAUUUGCGCAACAAGAUUGGAGAAGAAUACUUGACAGAUUGCUUGGUGUGUUACAUUGAGAAAGAUGUAUUUGUUAAAAUUGAGAAUGAAGUCAUAAUGAGGCGAUUUCAGAGUAUGGCACCUCGAAGACAAAGAUUGCCGCCUCUCAAUUAUUGUCCUUCAUUUGCCGCGUCACGUUCUAAUCAAAAUUAAGGUUUCAAGAGUGGUCCACAGUACUUCAAGUCUCCGUAUGUCAUCAUAAUCUGCAACACAUCUGCUUUAAUGCAAAGAUCAUUGGUGACCCGUGAGGGAAAAUGAGCUGCGCCUGUAUCUACCCCUUGCUAUCGCCAAGAAUGUAAUUACCACCAUGUAUAAUCUCUUAAAGUCUCCAAAGGAUGUGACUUUGUGAGUUCGAUUUACCUUCCUGUAGG